CACAUAAAACACAAGAUGGAGAUUUGCAAAUUUCUCACCGUGAUAUUCGUCGCCGUUGUCGUCCUCUACUCCGUCCAGGCAGCAGAACAAGGAGGAGAUCAUCAUUUGAUGGCCUGCAUGCAAAAACUUAUGCCGUGUCAAAAGUACAUACACGCAGUGAAUCCGCCGCCUCCAGCGUCAUGUUGCGGACCAAUGAAAGAGAUCGUGGAGAAAGACUCCCAGUGCCUAUGCACAGUUUUUAACAACCCGGCGUUGCUCAAAUCACUCAACCUCACCAAAGAAAAUGCUCUUGAUCUUCCCAAGGCCUGUGGAGCUAAUCCUGACGUCUCAAUCUGCACCAAAACCGCUUCAUCUCCGCCUAUUGCGUCGCCCACCAGCGGAGGCUCUUCCGUUCAAGCUGUCAGCAUCAUCGGUCUUGCCUUUGCGUUUGCUUUUGUGGCAAAAAUCUUAUACUGAUUAUGUCAUCCCUAUAUUUUAUGCCUGUUUUGUUGUCAACUUGUCAUCAUUUUCUAUGUUUGUGCCUAAAUAUUUUUUCUGUUUCGUUUAUUUACAUUUUACAUGGUUGAAUCUUGGUUAUGUUUUGUAUUUUGAUAAUUCUUGGCAAAAGACUUACCUUCUAACUGCCAAUUAUACAUUUAGAAUAUAUUUGAGUACAAAUAAACAUACCAAAAUGUAAUUGUAUGAAUGGAUGGAUGGGAUGGUAGCAAAAAAUAUACUAAACAAAAAAAAAACCGGACGAAGAAAAGUGAAAAAGGUUCAACUCCUUUAAAAAGCUGUGUAGUAUGGCAAAUAUAAACCGAAAAUUAAAAAUAUACUAUAUAUUACUGUUAGUUUGUUUGAAUUACUCAAUUCAUUUUACGUUGAUUACAAAUAUUUUGUAAAACACAAAUAUUUUUUGUACGAAGGAGGAUAAGUAUUUAAUUUGUAAAGCUACAAGCAAACAAAAAGAUAGUUCGGUUUCAGAUCAGAUAUAUUUUCUUUUCCAACGACAUAUAACUGAACACUGUUUACAAUAUAAACAUCAUAGAGAGAAUUCUAUCUUUACUUCGAAUUUGAAGCAGAAAAAUGACGAACACAUAAUAAACAAAUUAUAAAGAGAAUUGGUUCGUAAUCUCUCUUUAUAUAAUAAUAAUGUAUCAUCGCGUUUGUUUCCUGUAGAGGACGGAUUUGACCAUCUCACAAGGCCCAAGGAAUAGAAAGGCCUGGCCCGGAUUGGGUUGAGCGACGGCUCGAUCGGUCGGCUCAAGAGUCAGGUCUCUCGGCUUGACUCUUGAGUACUUUUAGUCGAUCAUCAUCGACUGAAAGACAUCCAGCUCAGCGGCUGCUCGGACGCCUACGGGCUUCUCGGCCCAGCAGAGGAGGCCCACCAAGAUGGCGUAAAUUAGGUCAAAGACGAGGCAUCAGGACGUCUAUAUAAGGGAAAGGGGAGACAACGAGAAGAGGGAUCCGAAAUCAUUGACCAAGACUUGGCGGCUAGAUUAGGGUUUUCACCUUUGCUCCAUCUCGCCGUUAGUUGUACUUUUCCGGUAGCUCAUCGAGCCACCGGCUUUCUUUCUGUCGCAUUCUCUUCUUUCCCCUUGUAACCGACUGAACGUUCGCCCGACCAUAAAUAAGACGUCUUUGUUAAACCCACAUCUUCUUUAUUACCGUUUUCCGAUCAAACAGUUGUCGCCCACCGUGGGAGCAUGACGCUGGCAUUUGUCGCACUUGCGCACGUA